AUGGCCGAGGUUUCUCUGAAGAGUUUCAUUCCAGAAUCAUUUUCGCGCUCUACGGCGGAUAUUACAGGCCAAAUUGGGUUGCUGCGAGAACUGAUUAAAGUGCCACUGGUAGUGCCACUGCUGAGAAUUGCUGUAUAUCUGGGCUUGGUUAUGUCUAUGAUUGUAUCCGUGGAGAGGCUUUACAUGUUAAUCGUAGUAAUCUUUGUUAAACUGUUUAAGAGAAAACCCGAAAAGCGAUACAUAUGGGAGCCAGUGCAGGAUGAUGUUGAGAUUGGUAAUGCAGCUUUUCCUUUGGUUCUUGUCCAGAUCCCCAUGUGCAAUGAAAAAGAGGUUUACAAGAUCUCCAUUGGUGCAGCAUGUAAUCUUUCAUGGCCUGCUGAUCGUUUACUGAUUCAAGUACUUGAUGAUUCUUCUGAUAUCAAGGAUAUGAUUGAGAAAGAAUGCAUUAGGAAGGCAAGUAAAGGCAUUAACAUUAGGUACCAAACUAGAGAAACAAGAAGAGGAUACAAGGCAGGAAAUCUUAAAGAAGGUAUGAAACAUGAUUAUGUUAAAGAAUGCGAAUACGUAGCCAUUUUCGACUCCGAUUUUCGACCUGAACCGGAUUUUCUCCGACGAUGCAUCCCUUUUCUCAUGCAUAACCCGGAACUUGCCCUUGUACAAGCUCGUUGGAAGUUUGUGAAUUCGGAUGAAUGUUUGUCGACAAGAAUGCAAGAAAUGUCGUUGGAUUACCACUUUACAUUCGAGCAAGAAGCAGGAUCAUCUACUCAUGCCUUCUUCGGCUUCAAUGGAACCGGUGGUGUAUGGAGAAUAGCAGCAAUCAAUGAGUCAGGAGGGUGGAAAGCUAGAACAACAGUUGAGGACAUGGAUCUGGCAGUUAGAGCUGGUCUCGAGGGAUGGAAAUUUCUAUAUCUUGGGGACCUCCAGGUGAAAAGUGAGCUUCCUAGUACUUUUAAAGCCUACCGUUCUCAGCAGCACCGAUGGUCUUGUGGUCCUGCAAAUUUAUUCAGAAAAACGACUAUGGAUAUUGUUAGGAAUAAGAAAGUGUCUGUGUGGAAGAAGGUAUAUGUGAUCUACAACUUCUUCUUUGUAAAGAAGAUCAUGGUUCACAUGUUCAAUUUCUUCUUUUACAGUGUUAUAUUCCCAUUGACAGUUUUUUUUCCUGAAGUUGAGAUUCCAAAAUGGGGAACAAUUUAUAUUCCGUUCAUUGUCACGACAUUAAGCUCCUUUGGAACUCCAAGGUCAUUCCAUCUAUUGUUUUAUUGGAUCGUAUUUGAGAAUGUGAUGGCUUUUCAUCGAACCAAGGCAACAAUCAUCGGUCUGCUAGAGGCCAAGAGGGCUAAUGAAUGGGUUGUUACUCAAAAACUUGGAGAUGCUCUCAAGAACAAAUCGAAUACCGAAGCAGCAGCACCAGCAAAGAAAGUUCGAUUUAAACUUAGAGAUCGGUAA